AUGAUUGGUGGCUUAUUCGUUUAUAAUCAUAAGGGUGAAGUGCUUAUUUCGCGUAUUUAUCGAGAUGAUGUCAGUCGAAAUGCAGUGGACGCAUUUCGAGUUAAUGUUAUCCACGCGCGACAGCAGGUGCGGAGCCCAGUAACAAAUAUGGCAAGGACAUCAUUUUUCCAUAUAAAGCGGGGUAAUGUUUGGGUUUGUGCGGUUACACGCCAAAAUGUCAACGCUGCAAUGGUAUUCGAAUUUCUAAACAGGUUUGCGGAUACUAUGCAGUCAUACUUUGGAAAAUUAAAUGAAGAAAACGUUAAGAAUAAUUUCGUCCUCAUCUACGAACUUCUGGAUGGUUCAUGCAACGCUGCUUUUGUAGAGAUCCUUGAUUUUGGUUAUCCACAAAAUACUGACCCUGGAGUUUUGAAGACGUUUAUAACACAACAAGGCGUUAGAACAGCAAGUAAAGAAGAACAGGCACAAAUUACUUCGCAAGUAACGGGACAAAUUGGAUGGCGUCGGGAAGGCAUAAAAUAUCGUAGAAAUGAAUUGUUUUUGGAUGUUAUCGAAUAUGUCAAUCUCCUUAUGUCUCAACAGGGGCAAGUUUUGUCAGCGCAUGUUGCUGGAAAAGUGGCAAUGAAGUCAUACUUAUCUGGAAUGCCGGAAUGCAAGUUUGGAAUCAAUGACAAGCUUACCAUUGAGAGUAAAGGGCGUGCUGGGAGUGAUGACCUUACCAAAUCAACACGUAUUUCUGUGGCAAUUGAUGACUGCCAGUUUCAUCAGUGUGUUAAAUUAACCAAAUUUGAUACCGAACAUGCUAUAAGUUUUAUUCCACCUGAUGGAGAGUAUGAGCUUAUGAGAUAUCGUACAACCAAGGACAUACAGCUUCCAUUUCGAGUCAUUCCGCUUGUAAAAGUGGUGGUGAAAUCAAACUUUAAACCAUCGCUUUUGGCACAGAAAAUCGAAGUUCGCAUACCUACACCUCCGAAUACUAGUGGAGUGCAAUUAAUUUGUAUGAAAGGCAAAGCCAAAAUCAAGCGUAUGGGUGGGUUGAAAGAAUCUCAAAUCUCUGCUGAAAUUGAUAUUUUGAGCACAGGUAACGCUGAAAAGAAAAAAUGGAACCGUCCUCCGGUGUCGAUGAAUUUCGAGGUACCAUUUGCUCCAUCAGGCUUGAAAGUGAGAUAUCUGAAAGUAUUCGAACCAAAAUUGAAUUAUUCGGAUCACGAUGUCAUCAAGUGGAGAUCAGAAUCGGGAAAUAGUUUAAAUGGUGACGAAAUACCGAUGGAAAUGGAUCUUACAGCGGCUGGCCCACCACUGUCAGAUGAUGAGUCAGUCACCGAACACUCCCGUGCGCAAGCUAAAACAAUUAUGUAUGCUCGAAUGAUACUACCUCAUGUUGGUCUCGUUGUGUUGCUUAUCGUAUAUCUUUUGAUCGGCGCUAUAGUGUUUCGUUAUUUGGAAGCACCAAAUGAAGUCGAAACUCGUGAUCGCGAAUUACGAGCAAUUUUUGGCUUGCGAAAUGAUUUCCAUGAUAUGGUUUGGAAUUUAACUGUUGAUAGUAACAGCUUAUUUACACGCGAAUCAUUGGACUUACUUGGAGAGCAGUACUUUGAAGCAUUGGUACUUGCUAUGUUCGAAGCAUACCGGAAUCAGUUUGUCAAUGAGAAUCAUUUACUAAAUAAAACAAACGGUGAUGCCAUGUUGUGGACCUAUGCAAACAGUAUUUUUUUCGCCACAACUGUUAUUACCACUAUUGGAUAUGGUAACUUGGUGCCAGCAACACAAGUUGGCCGUAUCACAUGCAUAUGUUUCGCUUUGUUUGGUAUACCGCUACUUUUGGUAACAAUAGCAGAUAUAGGCAAAUUUUUGUCCGAUUUUUUGAGCUUUCUCUACCGAACUUAUCGAAGUUUCAAACGCAAGGUAUGCAGACAAUCACGACGUAUAUCACAUCAUUAUCGGGAUCGGAGCUCCUCUGCACAAAGUAGUUCGGUAUCAACGAAGGCUGGAAGUAUGAAUCUGAAUAGCAUCGACAUUAAUUCAGAAUCGAGUUGUGAGGAUGAAUUACGUAUUCCGGUUGUAAUGGUACUAUUCGUCUUAGUUGCUUAUACGGCAAUAGGUGGCUUACUAUUUCGAGCAUGGGAAGGAUGGCAAUAUUUCGAUGCCUUCUAUUUCUGUUUCAUAACAAUGGCCACUGUUGGUUUCGGAGACAUUGUGCCAACUGAGCAAAUGUAUAUGUUUUUCACAAUGGCUUAUAUCAUCUUCGGUUUGGCUUUGGCUACAAUGUGUAUUGAUCUUGCUGGUACUGAAUACAUUCGAAAAAUCCAUUACUUAGGCACAAAAAUGGAAGGUGCAAAAGGAGCUGUGAUGACAGGUUUGCAAGCUGGUGAACAUUUGCUAAAACAUACUGGUAUUGAAGUUAUUAGAACAGCUGGCGGUAAAUUGGUACAAGUUCGUGGAGCAGUACUGAAUCAGAAGGAGGCUCGUGAACUGGGUGUUGAGUACAUAUUAACUGAUAUGCAUUAUCAGCAGAAGAAUAUACUCUAUGAACCGUUGAGUCCAACAGUACAGCGCUUAGUGAAAAGCAGUAAUAUCAAAAUACUGCCUGGUGACAUCACGGAGAAGGACGGAUAUAUUAUGCAGAACAAAAGUUAUGAUAAACCGGGUGGAAAGUAUUAUCGUAUGUUUCAUCGGCGUAGAAAUUAUAUUCAUCGUCUGUUGGUACCAUCAACGGGUGAAGUUGCUGCCAUUGUACCUAUAUUAUUGAAAGAAACUGAUGUGUAA